UCAGCUCAUUGGCUCUGCGGCCCGCUCUCGGCGCUUUACGGCAGUGUGGCUGGAGCCCCUGCGGAGGGGGCCGCGUUUGGGGCGUGAGUGGAGGGAACCCGAGUAGCAGGUGUUGGCGGGGCCUGAAACCAUGGACGUGGGCGAACUUCUGAGCUACCAGCCCAACAGAGGCACCAAACGUCCCCGGGAUGAUGAAGAGGAAGAACUGAAAAUGCGUCGGAGACAAGCUGGCACUCGAGACCGCAGCCGCGGUCGGGAAGAGGAAAUGAGUGUGGCAGAAGAAGCCGAUGAUGACAAAAAAAGACUGCUUCAGAUUAUUGAUAGAGAGGGUGAGGAGGAAGAGGAAGAGGAGGAACCACUAGACGAAAGCUCAGUGAAGAAAAUGAUCCUUACAUUUGAAAAAAGAUCAUACAAAAACCAAGAGUUGCGGAUCAAGUUUCCAGAUAACCCAGAGAAGUUUAUGGAAUCCGAGCUGGACCUAAAUGACAUCAUUCAGGAGAUGCACGUGGUGGCCACCAUGCCGGACCUGUACCACCUGCUGGUGGAGCUGAAUGCUGUGCAGUCUCUUCUUGGGUUACUUGGACACGAUAAUACAGAUGUGUCCAUAGCUGUGGUUGAUUUGCUUCAGGAAUUAACAGAUAUAGACACCCUCCACGAGAGUGAAGAGGGAGCGGAAGUACUCAUCGAUGCUCUGGUGGAUGGGCAGGUGGUAGCGCUGCUUGUGCAGAAUCUGGAGCGCCUGGAUGAGUCUGUGAAAGAAGAGGCAGACGGUGUCCACAACACUCUAGCUAUUGUGGAAAACAUGGCAGAGUUCCGGCCUGAGAUGUGUACGGAGGCCGCCCAGCAGGGUCUUCUGCAGUGGCUGUUGAAGAGGCUAAAGGCAAAGAUGCCUUUCGAUGCCAACAAACUGUACUGUAGUGAAGUGCUGGCCAUACUGCUCCAGGACAAUGACGAAAACAGGGAAUUGCUUGGGGAGCUGGAUGGAAUCGAUGUGCUUCUUCAGCAGUUAUCCGUGUUUAAAAGGCACAAUCCUAGCACAGCCGAGGAGCAGGAGAUGAUGGAGAAUCUGUUUGAUUCACUCUGUUCCUGCCUAAUGCUCAGUUCCAAUCGUGAGCGCUUCCUGAAGGGCGAGGGUCUGCAGCUGAUGAAUCUCAUGCUCAGAGAAAAGAAGAUCUCCCGGAGCAGUGCCCUGAAAGUGCUGGACCAUGCCAUGAUCGGACCCGAGGGUACAGACAAUUGUCAUAAGUUUGUUGAUAUUCUUGGCUUACGGACCAUCUUUCCCCUCUUUAUGAAAUCUCCCAGGAAGAUCAAGAAAGUGGGAACCACCGAGAAGGAGCACGAAGAGCACGUCUGUUCGAUCCUGGCUUCCCUCCUGCGGAACCUGAGAGGACAGCAGCGAACCCGGCUUCUGAAUAAAUUCACUGAAAAUGACAGUGAGAAGGUUGACAGACUGAUGGAGCUGCAUUUUAAAUACCUGGACGCAAUGCAGGUGGCCGACAAGAAGAUUGAAGGGGAGAAACAUGACAUGGUCCGGCGUGGGGAGAUCAUAGACAACGACACGGAGGACGAGUUCUACCUCCGGCGCUUGGACGCGGGGCUCUUUGUCCUUCAGCACAUCUGCUACAUCAUGGCGGAGAUCUGCAACGCCAGUGUGCCCCAGAUUCGCCAGAGGGUUCACCAGAUCCUGAACAUGCGAGGGAGCUCCAUCAAGAUCGUCAGGCACAUCAUCAAGGACUGCUUACUCGGCGCUCCCAAAGUCCAGCCUUGCCUGGAGCUGGCAGCGGUUCCGGGCCCGAGGACUGUGGUGCCCACAUAGGAGAUGAUGGUCUCCUUGCUGAAGAAGGGCAGGCCACACCACGUACUCUGCCUGGGCGGUGACAGUCUUCCUGCCUUUCGCCUUGUGCCUGGCCCGUGACCAGUGCAGAGCAGGGGCUCAGUUAAUGCUUCCUGGGGGCACACGCUGAGGUAGUGCUUCUGGCUUCUUUGUGCUGUUCCAGAAAUCCAGGACCACAGUAGGUAGAGCGGUUGCCCCCAAGCACGUCCUCUGUACUCCUGUGUGCCAGGCUUUUCGUGUAUCUUCUCUGGUUCUCACAACUGUCCUAGGAAGCAGGAUUACAAUCUCCAUUUUACAGAUAAGAAAACCAAGGCUUACGGAGGUUAAGGGACAUUACCCGAGUCGCUAGUGAUGUUGGAGACUGGAUCGAAACUCAGAACUGUACACAGUCGGUCUUCCAUUUGGCAGAAAGAAAACCUCUAACGUUGUGGAUUGCCUGAUGCAGUCUUACCAUCUUUUAAAAAGAAAAUUUAGGGCGGCUGCCUUUAUAGAGCACCUGCUUGGCGUCAUAGGGCACUGGGUGGGCUCCUGAGAUGAAUGAGACCCUUAGUAGGGCCUUUCCCCAGGGGCACACAGUCCUAUCACAGGUGAAGAAACUAAUCACUACACAAAGCAGAAUGAAGUCCAUGCUAAGACAGAGUGUGAAUCACGAAGGCACAGUUAAUGCUGCUGCACCUUAAAAGGAGCCUAAAGAUCCAGAGAGGCUGCACAGAGAGGCACUUUUUUUUUUUUUUUUUUUUUUUUUUUUUUGGUGGUAGUGGUAAAGUAUUGGUCAGAUUUACCAUUGCGACCAUCACCACCGUCUGUCCACAGAAUUAAUUUCCAUCUUGCAAAACUGAAACUCUGUACACCCUCACUCCCCAUACUCUCCUCCCCCCAGUCCCUGGCAGCUACCCUUGUACUUUAUGUCCCUAUGAAGCUGACUGGCCAAGAAGGUGGCUUGUGGAAGCACGUGAAGGCCCUCUGUGGGCAGAUGUGGGUGUCCAUCAUCGCACAGGCAUCUCCUUGGAUGCGGCCUAGGAACCGUAACCCGGAAGUACCUUUUAGUAUAAAUACUUGUGCCAAGGGUUACCGUGGAAGCUGCGGGCCAAGUCGCUUCAGUGUCAUAGUCACUGAUGAAAGUUGCCGGAGGACCACGUGGCUGCUGGGCUGCUGUGCCGGGGAGAGCUCAGAGGAUUCCUGACUCAAAAACUCUUUCAUUGGUGGCAGAAAGACGGAGCCCAAGACUUCAAAAUGCUUUCAGAAAUUGGCUCCUGGCCCUUUGAUUUGCUUUUGUUCUUUAUGGCUUGAAAUCUCCUCUAGAAGCUCCUAAACAUGUAUUUCCAUUUGAUUUGGGGCUCUCGGUAGCCUAAGCGUUGUCUGCGAUUUUGAAACUGCAGAAGCUGGCAGGAUUUCUCUUUUGAUGACAUGUGGGUGUGUGUGUGACUUGUACCAGGUCAUGGCUACUAUGACCACUAGGGCAUUUGGAGUCAGGAGAGAAUCCUGGAGAGAGGCCUGCAUUUAACCUUCGGCAGCUACUUACUUUCUCCAAGCCACAGUCCUUCGUCUGUGAGAUGGAGAUAACCUUCUGUGUGGAUCAGGAGAGGUACCGGACGCGCAGUGCGGACGUGGGGCUGGCACAUAGUACGUGCUUGAUAAACGUUAGCUACCUUUACUGUUGCCAUCAGUGUGUGAGCCCUUCCAGCGAUAAAUAGAUCUGAGACACACAGACCGGCAUGGUUCUGUCUGUGUAACUUUGGGUAAGUUAGUAGAUAAUACGUUUGAGCCUGUUUCCUCUCUGUGAAAAACAAACCUGAAGUGACUAUUGUCCCUCGGGAAGGCUGAAGUUGAACUACAGUCAGGUGCCUGGGACAGAGUACGUGCUCAGCAAAUGGAGGCUCCUUCCUUCCAACUUCCUUGGCCUGAUCCUUUGACCUGGAGCUCGCAGCAGCCUGGACUCGAGGGCAGGCAGGAAAGCCGGUGGACCAGCACCCAGACCAGACUCCUCAGGGCCUGGUGGCGGGGGGCACUUUUCCAACCAGAUGACCCUGUUCACAUGAUAAGCAAAGGAUAUGCUUCUUUCUCCUUUAAAUGGGUUUCAUUUUAAUGAAACCCCUGAUGUCCCGUUGCUGCAGAUAAGUGUUCUUCUCCUAGGGAAGUGUGGCAUCAGACCUUCCAAGUUCAUCGUUGUCAUUAAGGAAGGUAUUAGACAUGGAGUUUCCUUUCCCAGGUCCUCGUCUGUGGUGAUGUCUGUGUCUUCCAGAGUUUUCAGUGUGAAAAUAUUCUGGGUAUCCUUCUUCCCUACCCUUCCCUCUUCCUCCUGCAUUUUUUAAAAGAUGAGCAGUUAAAGCUUAGGGUUCAGGGGUCUGAACCAGGCUUGUGAGCGCGGCCCAGGUCCCUGUCCUGAAGACACUUAUCCCCAUCCGCCAGCCCAGGCCCCUCCCUCUCCCUCUUAACAUAAACAGAACAGCUUGUAUUCCAUGUCUGAAGAGUAAACCUGCUGUCUGAAGUUUGCUUUAAUAUUUAUGUGUUCAGCACUGCUGCCUGUUUUUGAGCUCCAUCAAAGCCUUUAUUAUAAGAACAUUUGAAAAUGCUGGGGAAGUGGAGAAUGGAGUUGAUGUGUGCACCCUCUUUCUCACUCUCCCCAGCCGACUCACCCUCUUCUCUCCCAUUCUCCCACCACUCAUAGUUCCCCCUCCAUCUAGCAUCUUUUUCCCGUACUCACUCUACCCCUCUUAGACACACACACACACACACACACACACAUACACACACACGCACGCAAAGAGAACUCUUCCCCAAGACCUCUGGGAGGAAUGUGUUCAAUAUUUAUAAACUGCUGCGGCAGCUAUAAUAACCAGAGGUAGCUGGCACCACCCAGAUUUGCUCCAAAUAGGAUUCUCCUCUGGAAACAAAGAAGGAGUAGGGAUAAGGGGCAGAGGGCGCAGGGCACAGCUGGUGCCGGCUGCCAGUGGCAGUGGAGGAACAUGAGGGCCUCGGCAGACCUGGCUCCGGGCCUGGCUCCGUGGCUGGCUUGCUGUGGGACCCUGGCUGGUCACCUGCCCUUCAGAGUUGUCCUACAUUUCUGAGAGCUCUGCAGUUCUGACAUUCUGACCCGCUCCACAUCUGGGGCCAGUGAGGCCCUUUCCCACAGGACGUGGCGUCUAGAGACGUACCCUUAGGAGGACUUUGUAGCCAGAAGCCCUGUGGGGCUGGACUGCUUUGGAGUACUCACAGAGCAGUGUUUCCCCCAGAGGAUGGGGAGCAGCAGGGUGGGAUGUUGCUCAGGUAAGAGGAUGCCACUUUGGGAACUGGCUCCCCCCAGCUCUUUUAGGUGCCUUUUUCACACACGUUUUGGGUUGAAUUUCAGCUUCCCUGCUGUCCCGGACUUGGGGCGGUUGCCCCAGUUCUCUAACACGCCUCAGUUUCCUUGUCUGCAAACAGAGAUGGCUUCCAUCCCUGUGGGAUGGCCGCAAAGAUCAGGCGAGCCGCCGGACGUCCUUGCCCGGCACAUGCUGUGUGGGAGACACACUGCACCUGCACUGUUCACAGCCCGUUUCUAGGGAACAGCUACUCCGGUGGUUUCGUCCUUCCCCACAGAGAGUGAUGGGAGGCCGGCCGUCUGAGGGGUGCUCUGUGCGCUGCGGUGGCUUGUGCUUUCCAAGGCCUGUAUCAGCAAGGGCGCUGAUACAGACUGGUUUCCUUUACCGUGUGGGUCUCUAGAAAGAGAUUAGGUCCCUACAGGGAAGCUGGCUUGACUUGGAAAAUCACUGCCCCAAAGGGUCAGACUGUUUCUCCACUUCCCUCCCUCCUGGGUCUGAGAAUACAUUAGGAGAGCAAAGUGUUGGUUCAAUCCAUUAAGACUCCUGCUUCCAGACCAUGCCUCUGGGGGUAUUAAAUGCUGCAAUGGUCACUUCUGUCUCUCCUGGGGCAGCGACUAGAUCAUUCACACGUGAGUAAGAGAUAGCAUUUAUGUAAAGCCCCGUAGCUGUCUCCGCAGCCCAGAUCCUGCUCUCCCGUCACCCCAGCCCUCUCUUUAAGAGGCCUUAAUAGAAGGCAUCACAACCAUUUGCUAGUGGAGGUGAUGGAUGCAUCUAACGGAAGAGGAUGAUUUCCAGGGGGAGACACACAGCUGGCACAUGUCUGAAUCCCAAAUCCCGUUUUCCGGCACAUGUCCAAAGUAAUAAAGAGGAAGGAGGAAAAAUGAAGAAGUGGGGGG